AUGACCAAUGGCUCUGGAGGGUUCUGGUAUAAGAUCAUUCUCCCACUUUCAAACUCGAAUAAACCCAUCAAGCAUACACUUUGUGCACUGGGGGCUUCACACCAGCACUUCCUCGCAUCUCAUCCUGGAAAAUUAAUCAGCUUCGAUCAUUCAAUCAACUACGACUAUCAAGCUGAUCUGAAAUACAGUGAAGCUAUUGCGUUAAUACGAGAGGUUAUGGCAGAGAACUCAACCUAUAACACAAGAAUCGCAUUAAUCUGCUGCACAAUACUCAUAUGCAUCGAGAACUUGCAUAGGCGUUAUACUAACUCGGUCCGCCAUUUAUGUGCCGGUUAUCAGCUUCUAGAAUCACUUCGCAUCGCUCGAUCAUGGGAUAGGACAUCAAGCGGAAACAUUUAUCGACAAGAUCAAAAUGACGGCGGUCUUCUCGACACCUUGGCGGCUAUGUUCUCUUCUCUUGGCGAGAGUAUUGGUGCAUUCACAGGAGAUACGUCAUUCUCCAAUGUAACGGAGAAUGCUCCGGUAUUAAAAAUUGGUUAUCCCCAAACACCAUUUGCAACAAUCGCGGAGAGGGACGAGUGUCUAUCUGCCUUGAACGCAGUUUUUGAUAAUGGCCCAUCUGGCAGAGACACUCGGAGCGAAUGUGUUGGGCAGGUCAGCGUGAGCCCUGCACAUAGAGAUGAAGAGACCUUGGCUCAAGCCCUCAAGCCUUCGCAGCCGUUACUCUAUACUUGGAGUUCGAGACUGCACUUAUUCAACACUUCCGCCCGCAUGGCCGCGUACGCGCCCGAAGGCAAACAACGCCUGGCGCUAUUAUCGUUGUAUCAGACGACGUGGUCAGCUUCUCUUAAGAUGGACUGUAAUGACCCAGGGUUCGAGAAAAUUGACUAUGAAAGCAUCUUGGAUAAGUUUGAGGAAGCUAUCUAUCUUGAGAAUUCUCAAUCGAGGCCAUUGUUCGUCUUCGACGGCCAUAUUGUCCGUGGGCUUUCAACUAUCUGCGCUUCGUGUACACGUAGAGAGAUUCGCAAGAGGUCAAUUACGUUAUUGCGGUCUAUGCAUCGACGUGAGGGGGUUUGGGAUAGCUGGGAGGUGGCGAAUGUAUAUGAGAUGUUCUUUAAAGAACUGGAAGACAAUAAUUUGUAA